CGUGUACCACAUAAAAUCGGUUUUAGGUCAGUAAACACAACCAGAAUUCAUACAUAGGGCACACCGGAUUAUAAGAGGCACUGUCGAUUUUUCAGAAAAUCAAAGGAUUUUAAGAGCGAUUUAGUUUCCGAAAAACAUGGUAAUAACGACGGCCCGCUUGCAUGCUCUACCAAAAGAUGUGCUGUGGUGUAUAUCUGACGGAUGAAAGCCAAACCAGUUCCACAUCACUGAAGUUACAGCAUUUUUACAAACCAAUUCUGGUUCAUCUGUUUCAUUCAACGAUCCGCUUUCGCCCUUCUCAUUCUGCGUUGCCGCCUUGCUUUUUCUGCCAUGUGCGUAUGAAAACAAAGGCACUGCGCAUGUGCGUUUUACCCAUAUUCUAUCGCGAUAUUUCAUUUUCUUAUCAUUGCCUAACAUUAUACCGGUGUUACCGUGAACGGUAUGAUAUGGCCCAGCCCUAUAUUUCAGUUUACUAAUUUUCAUCUGUUUGCAGUAAGACCAGCAAUAUUUCACCUGCAUUAAAUCAAAUCAUGUUUACAUUUCACUUCUUGACUGGAACAUUUGGAUCAGUUUUAAAUCAUAUAACAAGCGAUUAAAUUACACAAGAGCAUGAGAAAAAUCAUGACAUCUCUGUCACAGAAAGAAACCAAAACCUCAAACUUUUUAUAUCAUUAACUCUAGUGACCAAAUAUUUGGUGUAACAUUUGAAUCAGUUAUGAAAUUGCAGAAGAAAACUAUUGUUUUCUUUCCAAAGCAAAGGCUGAAUGAAUCUCAAAGCUUUCUUUUCUUGCAGUGUUUUUUUCUUUUAAGGUGACUUAUAUCAGAAAUAUUGAAACACACAAACAAGUAUGGCAGGAAAUUCUACCAGGUGCUGUUGAAUUCAUAUCAUGCUCUGCCUAAACCAGGACGGGGCUGUGAUGAAAUAUGCAGAAUAAAUCCUCAUCUGUGCACGUUGACAGUCCCGAUUGAAUCUCAGAUAUCUGAUGCUAAGAUGAGAGAAAAAUUAAGCAGCCACUUCCCGCCCAUUGCCACUGAACGUAAGGUAAAUUUAGCUCUCCUAUUUUUGGACCAUCACCCUCGAUAAAACACAUGAUGCCGUGCGGAGAUGAAAGCUCUGAUUCUGUCCUCAUUUAGGCCGCAGAUGCGCCCACACACUCAUACAUGAGCAUGAAUGAUCCAACCAGUGACUUCAUGCACCAGUUAGCUCAUCUUGCUGUCACAUGUUGCUAAUGAUAACAGCCCAGUUUCUCACACUUGCCUUUCUUUCAUUUUUGAAUUAAAGCAGGAUCUAAGGCACUGCACUUCAACACUGUUAACUGCUUUAACUGCCAAACAAGAUGUACUUUGAUAUACUUAAUCAGAUCAAAAACUGUAUAUGGCAUAUGAGAUCCUUUUAUGUUAAUAAUAUAAAUUAACAAAGAAAAAGAGAGAAAAUCAAUCAAAUCUUCUAUGUUUUCCACAAUAAUUAGAGCUGCGUAGAAAAUAAAUCAUCUCAUGGAGUAAUUGAUAUUCCGAUUUUCCAUCUGACAGUAUACAUAUUAUAUCUGAUCCAGCAUCCAUAUGUUGUUGAAAAUUGUGAAAUGUUUUUUAAAAUUUAGUUAAAUAGCUAAAACAUCUGCCUAAGCUGCUCAAAUGAAUUACAACUGACUAAUAAACUAUAUUUUUACUAUAAACAGUAUGAAUGUAAACAGUAAAUACAUAAGAGUAGAAAAAACGCUCAGGAUAAUUUAUUUAAUUUCACUUUCACUUUAUUUAUUUGCUAAAGGCUAUGCAGUGUUUGCUGCUGAUGUUAGGAUAGCACCUAGACAUGACAGGCAAUGUAGCUUAUAUGCACAAUUAUAUAUUUAUUGCAAGUGAACUCUUUAGGAAUAUAUAUAAAAGAGGGAAUGAGCAAUAUUCCAGAUAAUUUGGGUACUGAUUUAGAAUUCACCCAAAGCACCAUCUGUGAAUGCAUAUUAUAUUGAACCUUGAAAAAAUGGGCUAUGGUAGCAGAAGACCACACUGGGUUUCACUGUUGUCAACUAAGAACAGGAACAACAGGAAACUGUGGCUACAAUUCGCACAGGCUGAGCAAAAUUAGACAACAGAAGACUUGAAAAACAUUGCCUGUUCUGAUGGGCCUCGAUUUCUGCCGUGACAUUCGGAUGGCACGUACAGAUACAUGCUUGUAUCAGCAGUUAAGGUUGGUGGUGGUGUAAUGAUGUGGUCUUGGCACACUUUGGGCUCCUUAGCCAUUGUCCUUUCCAUUCUUUGCCAAUGUUUUUUGAUCAAUUAAACUCUAAUUAAAUAGUUCUGUGAGGCAUUUAUUCACUAUCUUAAUUGCUUGUUGUGAGUCAAGACAAAUUAUGGUUGUCUUGACUCACAGCAGGACUAUAAUUUAAGACUGCUGUAGUAAAAGGAGGAUUGUGACUUCCAUCUGCACUAAUUUAAAUUCAGUGGUAUGGCUUUAUUCUGGGACACAUCUCUGAGAGCAGGAGCAAGACCCCCACCCCCACAAGGCUGGGGUGGAGAUGGUUUGUAAUGCCUUUUGCAGAUAUGCAGGAACUGUACACAAUCUGAAGCAGCUUAAAUAGCGCGCCCUAUAUGAGAUUUGCUAAUUGGAUGUAUGGAAGCUUAUCAGCUGAAGCGUCAGCUGAUGUGAUCUGGGAUUGAGAUCAGCUGAUCUGCCUGGAUUGUGACUGAGAUUGACCUUAUGAUCUGCCUGAAACAGUACUGUGCUUGGUUAAUAUAGAACAGAGAAAAGCAGGAAAUCCUCUCGUCUGCCAAACUGCAAUCAGUGCCUGUUUCACAGUUUUUACUUGAUGAGAGAUUUCAGCAACGUUUCUGACACUUCCUGAAAUUGAUGACCACAUCACGUUUCCAUCUUUUAGAAAUGUUCUGCUUGUUUGGGUUGAGCUUAGCGCCUAUGCCAUCUGCAUGUCAGAAUCUAUUAAAUGCAUGCUGGGAACUGUCUCCAUCUCCUUUCUCUUCAGCCUGACCAUCCAUCUGUCCACCUAUUUGUAUCUGCAGUCUUUCCCCUCCUUCCUCUAAGAUCUCCCUCUUCCACUCGCCCUCUCAUUAGAGCUGCUGAAUUAUUUAACAUCAGACAGUGGGCUUGGCUGCUGAGCCAGAAGGAGAUGAAGAGGAGAGGAGGAAAAGCUGGAGAGAGACGGGGAAGCAUGGAGGUGUCCGACGCUGCGGGAAGUCGUGAGUCAGCAGGGAGAGAAAGGAACAGUGGGAGGGAGGAGUGAAGGAGUUUAUAGAUAGCUUUAGGUGAUACGACAGGAGAGAGUGGCGUCAAAUGCCUCCCAGUGCGUUUGUGUCCGCGUUUGUGCAUGCGCGCAUCGAUUGAGCGGAGAAGGUCAUGGAGCUGAGAGGAGAUUAGCAAACUGGACUCGGAGUAGGGGGAGUGCGGCAGCAGAGCUAACGCCUCCUCUGAAUAGCGCAGAAACAGGAGGGCUCAAUACAAAAAGGACAAGAGGAGCUGUUGCAGUAUGGGGGAGAGCUAUAUGUACCAGCGACUCCCCUACACCAGAGGAGAGGGGGAGGGGGAGGACGAAGAGGCGAGAGACAGGAGUGUCGGAGGACAAAUGGUAAAGUCUGAAGUUGUGGGUGGAUGUGCAGCAUCUCUUCUUCUCUGGCUGUAAUUACACUAUGUCUGUGUCUUAUUGUUCAGUAUUUUUCUAUGAAUAUAAGUGUGGGUGUGGGGAUGCAGGUGUAUUGAUAUUGGGUCUAAUCUUACAACAGACACCAGAUUUCAUUUGAUAUCUGUUUAAAUUAUUUAGUAUCCUCAUGGUUUAAAAAACAGUGUCUACUUGUGAACCCUGUAACUGCACCAGUUAUAAGUUAAACCAAAAUACUUCAUUCUUAAUUCAGUUUCAGGGUCUAAAAUUACCCAACAGCAAUUAAUUAUAAAGCAAUAAAUUAACAAACAAGCAAACAAAUGUAUUCCUGCCACUUAAUUGUGGAAGCUUGUUUCUGCAAGUCUGCAGAGGUAAUAUCAAGUUAAUUUGGGUUAUUGUCUCAAAAUUUCAUGUCAAAAUUUUGACUUACUGAUUGAGUAUCUCAAAAUUUAAAGUUACUUUUGAUUAUGUAAGUCAACAUUUUGAAAUUUUAACUUACCUCUGCUUUGAAAUUUUUAUUUUGUUUGUUCUGUUUUUUAAUUGUGAAUGGCAGACAAAAGCCUGCACACGUAAUCGUGUUGCUACCGUUAAAUUUCAACCAUUUUUUGUGUUGGGGUCCUGAAUCCAGAGUGAACCUGCUCUUGCAUAGUCAUAGUUCCACAGUUGGGGCUGUUUCCACAUGUGUUUGCCUAUGGAGAGGGGAUUUCAGCCAACUCAAACAUGCUUCUGUGCAGUGCUCUCAGUUCCAUGUUGGUCGACAUGGGUGAUGCUGUUCAUUGGUUGAAUGCUGAUUGGUUGACAAGUGGGCCAGACCUGUGAAAAAAAUAUAACAAGUAAAAACAGUGGUUGUAGUAGUAGACAGCUGUUUAUUCACUGAGUGUGGCAUCCAGAGCCCGACUAAUGUAGGAUGUUUAUAUCUGUUAAUCCAAUAUUUGGUGAUUUGAAAACCUGACGUUCAACAUACCAACCAAGAAUCUUUUACAUUGAUACACACUAUAUAUAUGUAAAGUUAUUUAUUUUUAGUUUACGACCUGCAGGUUUGCUCUAUUCAGUUGGUUGUUCACUUGUCUUCAUAGCAAGUUAUUAACCUCUGUUCAAUUAAACUUCAUGUAAAUGAGUCAGAAUUUGGCCAGAAUUGAAUGCCAGUUUAUGUAAUAAACAUGUAAUAUAUCAUGUUUUCCUUUAAAUGGGUAAAGUUUAGUUUUGCAAAGAGCUCUAUGACAGCGCUGUAUUAAUACGUUUACAUCUUUUAAUAGUUUUGAAUUAUUUGGAUGAAGCUAUACAAAAAGCCAGAAGCUAGAGCUAGUGGUUGUUUACCUUAGCUUAACAAAGACUGUAGAUUACAGUUACAGACAAAUGCUGCAAAGGUAACGCUCACAAACACUCUGAAGAUCUAAUGAACAUUUUGUAUCUUUAUUAAUUAUCCAAGAGAGUUGUCACUUCACUUAUUCUGUCUCAACAAACAUAGAAUAUUGCUAAUUAGAUGUGAUUUACUUGGAUUUUUCUCUUUCACAUAGAGCCAGGCUAGCUUUUCUCCUCUGUUCUUGGCUAAAUUAAACCACUGUUGGUUUUAGGCUUGACGUCAGUCAGUGAAGUUUGUAUGUAAGAGUGCGAUUAGAUUAAGGCAAAGGAAAUGUUGUAGUAUAUUGUCACAGUAUACGGUAUACAAUUAAAGCAGUUAGUUAAGAGGAAAUUAUAGUUUGCUUAUCAUGAAAUGGUGCAAAACUGGUUUUAGUCAAUAAUUUAAAGUCUGUGAAAAACUGUAAAGGUCUUUCAACAUGUGAAUCUGUGAAUCUGCACAUUUGCUGCACAUGCAAAAUGACUCCUGCUUCGAGAUCAGGCAGAGACACAAAUUCCAGCCUUAAGGGGUCUCAAGCCAGUGUACUCCUCAUGUCUGCACAAAGCCUGGAUAAGUGGGAGGGCUGCGUCAGGAAGAGCAUCCAGCGUAAAAUCAGUGCCAAAUCAAAUAUGCAGAUCUAUCCGCUGUGGCUACCCCUUGGGAAAUAAAGGAGCAGCAGAAAGUACCUUUUGCUGGGGAAUCUGCAAAAAAAGAUGAAACAGUAGCGACCUAAACAAUUGUCAGAAAAUGGGUUUGUCGAAUCUUGAAAAUCAUUUUCAGGAGUAAAACUGCCCCCAAAUUUUUUACUCCAGUUUCUUAAAAUAUGAGCACUUAUUUUUUUCGGUUCUUGAUGCUUUUCUAGAUAUCUAAUCAUUACGUUGGUGCUGCAGAUGUCACAUCCCAUCAGUCAUUUUGGCUUUUCAUAGCUGAGUGUAGCUCCUGCACUUAGAGCACACAUUACAGUGUGCCCAUUAAUGGGGUCCAUUAACAUCAUGCUCAGUAAUGGAACAAUUCAAUCACAUAAGCAAAGCUAUGGAAAAACUGCAGGCUGUUAACAGCACUGUAUGCAUCCUGAUGCAGGUGAAAUCUGUGUUUGUUGUGCAGAUGCAGUGUGAGGAGGGCACAGAGUGGCUGCUGGAGCUACUGACAGAUGUGCAGCUGCAGCAGUACUUCCUGCGGAUCCGUGAUGAUCUCAACGUCACACGACUCUCACACUUUGACUACGUCAAGAAUGAAGACCUGGAGAAGAUCGGCAUGGGACGCCCGGGUCAGAGGAGGCUCUGGGAGGCAGUCAAGAGGAGACGAGCCCUUUAUAAGAGAAAAUCCUGGAUGAGUAAGGUGUUUCCAGUGAAACGGCCGGACGCUGACCCACAGCAGCCCCACGGGGCAUCGUCUGCCGCAGUCCCGGCCAGUAGUGAGUCAGGGGCUGCGCUCACCUGCCUGAUCAGAGAGUCGGAGCUUCAGCUGUUCGAGCGGCUUGGAGACGGGACAUUCGGGGUGGUGCGGCGAGGAGAGUGGACUGCACCCAACGGCAGAGUGUUGUCAGUGGCAGUAAAAUGCCUGAAAUCAAAUGUACUGGACUCAGACGGUCUGGAUGAUUUCAUCAGAGAGGUGAAUGCCAUGCAUUCACUGAGCCACCAAAACCUCAUCCGCCUGUAUGGCAUCGUCCUCACACAGCCUAUGAAGAUGGUGACUGAGCUGGCUCCUCUGGGCUCCCUGUUGGAUCGGCUCAGAAAGCGGCAGGGUCACAUCCUCAUCUCCUCGCUGUGUAACUAUGCCGUGCAGGUGGCAUGUGGGAUGGCCUACCUGGAGCAGAAGCGUUUCCUCCACAGGGAUCUCGCAGCCCGUAAUGUGCUGCUGUCCACCAAUGAAACUGUGAAGAUCGGAGACUUUGGCCUAAUGAGGGCGCUGCCUAAACACACCGACCAAUACGUCAUGGAGGAAGGCCACAAAAUCCCUUUCCCAUGGUGUGCUCCAGAGUCUCUGAAGUCUCGUACUUUCUCUCACGCAUCUGACACCUGGAUGUUUGGGGUCACCCUUUGGGAGAUGUUCACCCACGGACAGGAGCCGUGGUUGGGUCUGAAUGGGAGCCAGAUCCUUCACAAGGUGGACGUGGAGGCUGAGAGGCUGUGUAAACCAGACGAUUGUCCUCAGGAUAUCUACAAUGUCAUGCUGCAGUGCUGGAGCCCCAAACCUGAAGACAGACCAACUUUCAUUGCCCUCAGAGACUUCCUGCUCGAGACCAUGCCCACAGAUAUGAGAGCCCUGCAGGACUUUGAGGAGGAAGACAAGCUCCAGAUUACAAUGAAUGAUGUUAUCACCAUCAUUGAAGGAAGGGCAGAGCACUACUGGUGGCGAGGUCAGAACAGGCGCACGCUGCGUGUCGGUCAGUUUCCCCGUCAUGUAGUGACGUCAGUCGCCGGUCUUUCCGCCCAGGACAUCAGCCGGCCACUUAAACACUCGUUUAUACACACUGGACAUGGAGACACAGACCCCCAGAGGAGCUGGGGACACGCAGACCGCAUAGACAGCCUGUACUUGGGGAACCCCAUGGACCCUCCUGAUGUCCUGGGAAUGGAUUCAGGCAUCGCGAGACCGACCAAACUUCCCAACCGUGCCAAGAAGCUACCUCCCCCUCGUCCACCCCAACCUGCCGUUCUGCUCAAGAAGCCGUUCUACGACUCUGUGAUGGAUGAUUACGAUGACGAGGAAGACGCCAGCGCGUCGUCUGGGUUGAAGAAGCUGGGAGCAUCACUGGGUCUGAAGCUUCGGCCGUGGGAGGGGACAGGCGUGCGUUCAGCCAAGAGCGAGGUGUCGCUUAUUGACUUCACUGAUGACAGUUUCAGCUCUACCACACCUUCUCCGCUCACUGAGUCUCGGCAGCUGGAUGAAGACACCCUAAAGGACACUCCCUCCAUUCUGGACUGGCCUCUCCCCCAGCCAGCGUACGAUGAAGUUACUGCAGAGCCUGAGGAUCAAUCAGAGGACCAGGAAGUGCGGUCCAUAUACAAAGGAUUGACUGAAGAAGCUUCUUCAUCUGCUGGCUUGACAGGAAGGAGCGAAUCCCAGUCAGCUGACCUCUUCCAGGAGCUACAGAGGGAGGUGAUGGUGAAGCUGCAGGUUCCAAUGGCAACAGGCCGCUCCCUCCCCUCCUCCCCACUCCCCAUGCCUCUGGCUCCUUUGGGCCCGCACCGGCAGAUCCACCUUCCCCCUCCAUCUCCCUCGUCUUCCUCCUCCUUUGCCUCCUGCUUUGAGGACAGGCCUGUGCUGCCUCCUCGCAGCCCCGUUCCUCCUCUGCGUCCCUCCAAACACAACCUCUCUGCCCGUGCUAUAAACCCAGAAGCACGCACCAGCUCCAUUUCACUGGGCAACGAAGAUGACACACCUCCUCAGAUCCCACCCAGAGACCACGCCUUUUCUCAGCCAGGCUCUCGCUCCUCGUCACCUGUAGCAUUGCCACCUCCUCCUCUCGCCGUCUCGCCCCGUCGGGCAUCGGGACUGCUGGGUCCACUCCUGUCCUCCAACUCUCCAUCUUCUUCUUCCUCUUUGCCUCAAGCUUCAUCCCAUUCCUCACGCUUAGGAGUUCCUGGCUCGUCGUACUCCUCCACGUCCUUACUGGAUCCACUCGCCUUUCGUGAGGGGCGUGGCCUUUCCUCACUGAUUGACAGUUCGCAGAGCUCUGCCCCCGUCCCACUGCCGGAGAGACCAGCUUUCCUGGAGAGAUACGGGACAGCCAACAUGGCGGCAGUCAAACCCAUGAUGCAGCAGCAGCAGCAGCACCCUGGUGGAGCCAAACCGAACACCUCCUACAACAACAAUAAUGGCCGAACUGCAGCUCCCAGCAUGCAGCGGGAACAGAGCAUCACACAGGUCCAAGGAGCUGUGCAUGGUGUCACGAUAGAGGAGUGUCAGGCUGCUCUGCAGAGCCACGAGUGGAGCAUCCCUCAGGCCAUAAACCAUUUAAAGGUGGAGCAGCUGUUUCGGCUGGGGCUGCGUUCAAGAGCCGAGUGCGAGGAGCUGCUGCAGCAUCACCAGUGGGACCUGGAACGUGCCAGCACGGUCAUGCUGGACACAUACGGACCACAUCGCAACAGGAAGUGAGAGCAGGAGGACAAAUUGAGCGGCAGUCAUCUUCUGACAAGCUCCCGAGCUCAUCUGGAUCAGCGCGCUGACACCGAGUCGGCAGGAUGACUCAUUGCUCCAAAGACCAGAGACGCUUUUAAUGACCAUACAGCAGCAUAUGUGAAUACCUGCUACUACCUGCGUCACUCACAUGCAUGCUCACUAUAACCCAAAGGAGCAGCUGUUACAUGAUUCACAAUAUUUACUUGAACAGUUGUUAUUUAUCUUUUUUUUUUUUGUUAUUUUUUUUAUCAUUGCAUUAAUCCAGAGUUUGUUUCAGCUGGUACCUGUUGCAGACUUUUUCUGGUUGUGAGGUUGUUGUAGAGGCCCGUGUGUGUGCGUGCGUGUGUGUGUGUGCAUAAGCUUACUGUAAUGUCAAAUGGCUGUUUGCUGUCAAAAAGAAUCAGGGAGGUAUGAGCUGGCGUAUAGUUGCACUUUUAGGAAAAAUAUACAGAUAAUGUUGUAUAGAACAUUUUACCGAGCAUGUCAACAAAGAUGCUCACUGCUGGUCAGAAGAACAAUCUAUCAGUGAAGUGAAAAUGUUGAUAUGACUGAAAGCAUAUCAGAUAUUAUUAUUAUUACUGUAUUUUUGUGUCUUAAAGGUUCCACGUGGAGUUUUCAUGUAAAAAGGCAUUCAAAAGUCUUGAAACCUGCAUUCUUCACAUCCCAGCAAGCUGUCGUCUUUCCUGCUGUUGCUGGCAAAUUGCAAUGUGAAUUGUAAAGAAACUGCUUCAUAGUGCUUUGAGAGUUCAAGAACUCCACAGGUUGCCUUUAAGCAAAACAUUUCUGGCUUUAUAACAGCAGGAAUUCUGAGAGUGAUGUCUUUAGUUUUUAUUAUAAGAAUAUUCCUACCUUUUCCUUGUGGAUACAGGGUAUUAGUCAAAUCUCUGCAAACUAGAUAUCUACUGCUACUUUAAACUCAUGGUUAGUAUUUCUUACUGUGAUUCUGCUGUAUGAUAAUCAUCAUGCUGAAGAACUUACCUGUCACGCACUUGAUUUAGUGGGCUACUGCUACGUGCUGUCGAUGCCAAAUUUCAUAAUGCAUGUGUGCAGAUAUUAAUAAUUUUAACAGCUACAUGGAAAAGUUUCUUUUUUACAAAAAAACCCCAACAAAACUGGAAAGUUAAACUUCAGACAGGUGGUAGCAGCUUGGUGAAUAUGUUUUUAGCAGUCGUAACUCAGUAUGUGUGAAGCAUUCGGUUAAGCUCAACUAUGAAAUCUGUUUAAUGUGACACUGACUAUAAUGUACUGUUUAAUCUGAGUCGCUUACAAAUGUAAAAUGCAAAUAUGGCCUUCGUUGUUUUAUAAUAAACUGUAAUCUCAUUUCUGAAA